AUGGAGACAUCAUCAGUAAAGGCGCGCUCUCCGCCGCCGCAUGCAGUUAUCCUCCUAACAUGCAUCCUCUCCAUCGCCUCCGCCUUCAACAUCACGCGGAUCCUAAACCGCUCCCCCGAUUACGGCGUCUUCAACGAUCUCUUGACUCGGACUGGUUUAGCCACUCAUAUCAAUCAGCACUCCACUGUAACUGUUUUGGCCAUGAAAAACGGCCAGAUCGGAGAUCUCUCCAGCCGCCCCAUCGACAUCGCCGAGAGCAUUCUCCGAACGCACGUCAUUUUGGAUUAUUUUGACAUCAUGAAGCUCCACCGGCUUAAGAUUCACCAGGCGAAGCUCACCACCAUGUACUAG